CCUGAAAAUUGAUUUUUUUUUUUUUUUCACGAAUUUCAAUUUGUCUUCUCUUUCCAAUUUCCAAUCACCUCUUCCGCCACAACUCUUAUCUAAACUGUAAAAAUCAUUCAAUGAACAAAAAACAUCACACAUUUCUUUAGCAAUCCAACUGCAGAAAAAUCAUCGUUUUUCCUCGCUUUUCCGUUCCAAGUACUUCACAAUAGUUUGUGAUUUUCGAAAUCUGAUCACAACCCAUGUCAAUUCUCACCUUUUCCCUCUAAACCCACGUCUCAAUUUUCAAUCUAAACCUACUCUGUUUGUUUUCAUUCUUCAAGGUUCUGCCAUGGCAGCCGCUCUAAGGUCAAAAUCAUCCAGAGACACAGCUUCCGCUGCCGUUUCACACUUCAGACACUUCAUUCAAAAUCAAACCCGCACGCACUCGGGUCGGGUCAACCAUUACCAUCAAUCAUCCGGGUUCGACCGGAGCUAUCACAGUAAUUUUCGUUUCCAUCUAAACCCACCCUCCAAUUCAAAACUCAUCUCUCUGCACGGCAAUUACAUCGACGGUGGCAAUAAUUCUCAGAAAUUCUUUGGCCACAAGAGAAAAAUUCGAAACUUUAGCUCUCAGGGGGGGGACCCACCUAGCCUUUGGCAGCCACCUGGGGAGGAGGGUGUUGCGGACAUAGGACCCGGCCCGAAAGACGCGUACUGGGGCGGAUCCAAUUUGGGCAUGGAUUUUCCGACCCCGAAAGAGAUAUGUCGAGGACUCGAUAAGUUUGUGAUUGGGCAAGAGAGAGCUAAAAAGGUUCUUUCCGUAGCGGUUUACAAUCACUACAAGAGGAUACAUAGUGACUCUUUGCAGAGGACUGCUGGGAGUUCAGAUAACGACAAAGCCGAGGGCAAAGACGACGAGGACGUGGAACUUGAAAAAAGUAACAUUCUUGUCAUGGGGCCCACGGGUUCAGGAAAGACACUACUCGCCAAAACUUUGGCGAGGUUGGUAAACGUGCCGUUUGUAAUCGCUGAUGCCACCACACUUACUCAGGCAGGAUAUGUCGGGGAGGACGUUGAAUCUAUUUUAUACAAGCUGCUUAUGGUUGCAGACUAUAACGUGGCAGCUGCACAACAAGGCAUUAUUUACAUUGACGAAGUUGACAAGAUCAUCAAAAAGGCUGAGAGUGUCAAUAUUAGUAGAGAUGUGUCGGGGGAGGGUGUCCAACAAGCACUGUUGAAAAUGCUCGAAGGGACUGUGGUCAAUGUCCCAGAGAAAGGUGCUCGGAAACAUCCUAGAGGCGACAAUAUUCAGAUUGACACAAAGGACAUUCUCUUUCUAUGUGGGGGUGCUUUCAACGACUUGGAAAAGACGAUUUCAGAAAGACGACACGAUUCGUCCAUUGGUUUUGGUGCCCCCGUUCGUGCAAACAUGAGAAACGGAGGUCUUACAAGUGCUGCUGUGACAUCAUCUUUGCUAGAAACCGUUGAAAGUAGUGAUCUUAUAGCAUAUGGGUUAAUUCCCGAGUUUGUGGGACGAUUUCCCGUACUUGUUAACUUGUUAGCACUUACCGAGAAUCAGCUUGUUCAGGUUCUGACGGAGCCGAAAAAUGCAUUAGGAAAGCAGUAUAGAAAAAUGUUCCAAAUGAAUGGAGUGAAGUUGCACUUCACAGAAGAUUCUUUGAGAUUGAUUGCUCAAAAAACGUUAACUAAGAAUACCGGGGCCCGCGGUCUUCGAUCCAUGUUGGAGAAUCUUUUGAUGGAUGCUAUGUACGAGAUUCCUGAUGUUAGAGAAGGUGAUGAUGUAAUAGACGCGGUUGUAGUAGAUACAGAGUCGGUUGGUUCCGAUGGUCGAGGCUGUGGGGCUAAAAUCCUUUACGGCAAAGGGGCAUUGGACCGUUAUUUUUCACAGCACGAGUUUAAAGAUUCAAAGAAAACUGCAGAAGGUUCUUGUGAAGGAGAAGCAGAGGUCGAACACGAGCUUCCUUGUAUUGUUGCACUGUAAAUCUCUAUCGAUCAAGAUCCGUGGUUUCUUUCUGUACAGCGUAAAUCCGAAUGAACAGAUUUUACUUGUAAGUUUACUACAUU